AUGUCAGAUGCGCUCUCAGUAGUCGGGAGUGCCGUUGGCAUCAUAUCACUCGGUAUCCAAGUCUGUCAAGGUCUGGUAUCAUAUCUCCAAUCCUUCAAAAGUCAGGACCAAGAAAUACAGGAUAGCAUCAAGGAGGCUCAGACAAUAGUCUCGCUUUUCAAUUCGGUGAAAUACGUACUACUAACACUCGACCAACACUCUGCAAGAGUGAUUGCAGUUGUCGAUUGUUUGAACGACUGUGAGAAGAAGCUGCGUGAGUUGCAACUCUUUCUCCACAAGCUCCAGAAGUCAUCAGAGCCGAUUAAGAACACAAGACAAAAGAUAAAGGACGCUAGACAUUCGUUCGCUUAUCCCUUCCUCGAGGGCAAAUUGUUAUCGCUGCGUCAGUCCUUGCAAAAUUUGCUACAAAACUUGGACCUUGCUGUGAACAUCGCUUCACUCUGUAUCAGUGAUCUUAUGACUCAAAUGUGCCAUCAGCUUCACGGCGUUAAUGGUGCCGUGCAAAGUCAAGGACUACACAUAGCUCAAACUUCAGAUCAUCUUCUCGCCCAAGAUAAGGCGAUAGCUAUCAGAUUCCGAGAUGCUGAAGAGAUCCUUUCUCAAUUCACUACUGCUGCGCAAGAUUUUCGACAGGAGAUUGUAGCCCAGACCACGGUAGCUGCAAGCAGUUUGAGCCAAAUGAUGUCCCGCAAUCAGCAUCUUCAAGAGGAGCUUAGCGAACGCUUAGGAAGAUGUUUGGAAGAAAUGGGAAGAGAGAGAGGUUAUGCAAAAAACGUGUUGGGCUCAUAUAUUGGCCUCGAGACGACUGCCAUCGACAGUUCUGUAACAAGAACUCUACAAGCCUCCAAGAACUCGACAAACCCAAGGGCCUCCAUACGAGAGCUGCCUGGAUGCCACUGUAAGCUCGGCGAUAGACCAUGGAAAUAUUCUGUGCAGUUUUGGAACAUCAAGAUUGAGUAUGAACGUAGCUUAGAGAGACAUAAGCGAGGCUGCAGGUAUUUCGGUAUCGGCUGUGAGAUGAGAAGAACAGACGUACAGAUACCGCUAAAUGUCGCCUUGUUUUCUUCACGAUUCAUACUAGCUUGCAUUCAGUAUUCUCAUGGGACUGCUAGCCCUGGGCUGACAAUUCGAUAUCAAAAUGUUGUUCCCCAAAAGCACAGCGCCGUAUUCGAUGAAUUGUCCAAACUUCACUUCGGCUUCUUGUUUCGAAACCGCGAUCCUUCAGGUUCUGAUAUCGCCUUGGCUGUUGAAAACACUGAGCGUGCCAUACUUUCUCUCUAUAGAGAUGGUAAAGCUUCUCCUUCAGAUCGGGACGAAUACGGAUGCAAUCAAGCUGAGAUCGCAUGCGGCCUCAUCACGUUGUUUUAUAACGAAGUAAUGAAUUCCAGCGUCUCCAAUUCAACGCGGACUGUGGCUGUAAUGGCAUCCAUAAGACUUAUUAAAAUAAUCUCUAGCUUUGUUGGAGCUGAAGACGUAAAUAUAGGUGCAACCAACAUGGCCGUCCUGCUACGAAAUCAAGAGCACGAGUGGAUCAGACUCUAUGCAACAUUCGACUUGAGCUGGCACGACAUCAUACAGAGAGCUUUGUGCAGCAAGUACAUUCGACUGAGUAGCCUAUGGCCUUUGAUAUGCGAUAGUGGGCAAUACUGCGAAACUCCUCUUCUUAUACAAGCAAUAAUCCAGGAAGAGGAAGAUUUACUUAAGCUUCAUCUUUUGAAGAACCAGACAGGACUAAGCCCCGUCUUUCACGGCUUUACGCCUUUUCAGCUUUGCAUUCAGUGGCCUAGGGGGAUUGAAAUGCUACUCAGUAGCCAGAUCAACAGUCCCCUUGAUGAGGAUGCUCUGUCGCUGGCCGUAUGCUCUGAUCGUCCUGAUUCGGUUAAAGUCUUUCUCGAAGCUGGAUGUCCGAUGGAAUAUGGAUGUAAGACAAGAAACAUAUUCCAUAUAACUUCCAAGAGAUGCCUGGCUUUCAUUGCAUCGAACCUGGUUGCAAGGAGGCAAGCACUGCUUCUAUUAGCACAGAAACAGCUGGGAAUCUUGUAUGAUCUUGAUCACCCCACUGAUCUACCAGAGGACCAAGCCAGCCGUAUCUGUACCAGCCUUGACAAAUCCGGAAUCCCAGUCCCUCCAGCCCUUCGAGUUCCACCAACUUACGCGACCAUCUAUCAUUUCAGUGGGACCUUACUCCAUCAUUAUCGCACUCUAUACGAUCACGGUUUUGGUCGGCUGUCAUCGCGAAAUGCUAUUGGGCUAACGUUCGUGAUGAGAGACCGCUUUCUACAUCCAGCAUCAACGUGGCUGUGUAACAAGAGCCAGAUUCUUGACAUCAUGACUUGGUUGGACUCAAAAGGGAUAUUUGAUGAAAUGGUGACGGAUCCACUGGGCCUUAGGCUGAAUAUACAGGCUACGGGUUGGCAUUACAUCGCGAGCUUCAUUGGGGACAAUCCGGGUUGGUUCUCGAGCUAUACACACCUACCCGCUAGAUUUCUGUCCACUGUACUCGCGAAAUCCGCCCGGGACCAAUGUGCCUGUUGGUGUACCAGUAAAGAAAAGGGAUGCCUGCCUAUUCAUGUUUUCUUGAAGUCCCGAGCCAUUAAAAAGCAUCAUGGAAGAGAACAUGAUCUCUAUUCCUACUUGCACCAUCUCGCGGAAGAGUCGGAGGCAUAUGAUUUGGGUGUGCAAACUUAUUAUCUCGAAGUCAUCAGGUUUUUGACUUUCGAAGCUUUAGAGAUGACGCAUACUUGUUCUGACUUUGUUAAGUUCACGAUGGUGGAUGAUCCAGGUUCAAGCUCAGGAUAUGCCCGUGCAAUCACCGACUGUGAUUCAGAAAAUUCACAUGGGAUCAGAUCUGGGGUAGAAGAGCAGCACAACAUGAGUUUAUUAGAAGAUUUGGUGAAAGAAUUUGCUCAGAUAAUGACUUCUAUGGAUUUGAAGUCGAUCUCUCUGGAGGGGUUCAUCUACGGCUAUUGGCGUAACCGUAUCUCCAAACUGUUCGCGGUUGAUCCGGAGUUCAUCAACACUAUUCACUAUAGUCAAGUGAGCAUGGAUCUCUAUUUAUUGACUUCCCCGACAGAUGUCCUACCAGAAAGGCUUCGUUGUUUGCUUGAUAAGGACUUUGAACUCAAACGACCCUGA